CAGCACAGCACAGCACAACCUCGAUUCAUACAGCUAUCGAGCGAGCUUAGCCAACCACACGCCUCCCAGCUGCUAGCUCCCCCGGCCUCCCGCCCUCCCCUUGUCGGGCCAUGAUGAGCGGCGGCAGGAUGAACGCGGCGGCGAGCGACGACUUCCCGUUCGCGGCAAUGCAGCAGCCGCCCUACGUCGGCUUAGAGCACGCCGGCGGCGGAGGAGGAGGCCAGCGCAACCAGGGCGCGAUGAUGUACGACAACUUCGACUUCGCGGCGGCCGCCGCCGAAUUCGGUCAGUUCCAGGACGCGCCGCACCACCAGAUGCUGGCGCUGCCACUGAACGGCAACGGCGCCGGCGGGCUCGUCCCCAUGGCGCCGCCGCCCAUGCCCGGGAUGCAGCUGCAGAUGCCGCCCAUGCCCCACGGGAUGCACAGCCACGGCGACGUGUACUCGGCGAUGGGGAUGGUGAAGCGCGAGGGCGGCGCCGGGGACGCGGGGAGGAUCGGGCUGAACCUCGGGCGCCGGACCUAUUUCUCCCCCGGCGACAUGAUGGCCGUGGACCGGAUGCUGAUGCGGUCCCGUCUCGGCGGCGUGUUCGGGCUGGGAUUCGGGCGCGCCCACCACCAGGCGCCUCGGUGCCAGGUGCAGGACUGCAAGGCCGACCUCUCCGGCGCCAAGCACUACCACCGGCGCCACAAGGUGUGCGAGUACCACGCCAAGGCGGCGCUUGUCUCCGCCGCCGGCAAGCAGCAGCGCUUCUGCCAGCAAUGCAGCAGGUUCCACGUGCUCACGGAGUUCGACGAGGCCAAGAGGAGCUGCCGGAGGCGGCUCGCAGAGCACAACCGUCGCCGGAGGAAGCCGGCGGCCAGCAGCACCAUGGCGGCGUCCAAGGACUCGGCGUCGCCUUCCGACAACAACACACUGAGCACGACGAAGUCGACCAUCUCCUCCAACACGAGCGCGAUCAGCUGCCUCCAGCAGGGCCAGGCCAGGGAGGUAGCGGCGACGAGGCCGACGGCGCUCACCCUCGGUGCGACGCCGGAGAAGGACGACCACCAGCAGCAGAUCAGGAACGCCAUGCAGCUCCACCACCAUCAGGAGCAGCAGCACUUCAUCAACUCCCUCUUGCAGAACAACAUCCGUAACAGCAACAUCCUGUCGUGUUCCUCGGUUAGCUCCAGCACGGUGCCAUUGGCGGUGGCGGCCAACGGCGAGGUCUCCGACCAGAACAACGACAACAAGAACAAUGUCAGCAACAACGUCAACAGCGGCAUGCAUAUGUUUGAGGUGGACUUCAUGUAGAUGUUGGAUCUUGAGCAUUAGGCUUAUAACAUACUCCAUCCGUCCCAUAAUCUAAGACGUUUUUUUUGUCACCACACUAGUUUAAACACCACAUUUGAAGUAAGUGGUUAUAGGGCAAGGUGCCGAGGUCCAGUGUUUGGUGAAUUGGGGCUAAACAGGAUCGAAGUGUUAGAUAAUCUUGUGAGAGUCCCCUAAU